CUCGGCAGCCCCGGCCCCGCGGCAGCCGCGGCCCCGCAGCCCCCCCGCCCGUGCAGGCGCGGAGCCGGCGGCGCUCGGCGGCGAGCGGGGCGGCGGGCAGCGCCAUGCGGGCUGCCGCCUGCCUCCUCUGCCUGGCGCUCGGCGCCCUGACAGCGGCCCCAGGAGGCGCCGGGCCGGCGGCGGCGGCGGGGCGGCGGGGCGAGAGCCCCUUCGCGGAGCGGGAGAGCAUCAGGCCCCUGCGGCUGGUCUCCGGCGAGGGCGGCGGCGGGGCGCGGUGGCCGGCGCUGAGCACGCGGGUGCGGAGCGAGGCGGCGCGGGCACAGUCUACCCACAUUGCUCGAGCCAGCUUCCAGGUUGAUGCUUUUGGAUCAUCUUUCAUCUUAGAUGUGACAUUAAACCAUGACCUGUUGUCUUCUGAAUAUCUUGAGAGGCAUAUCGAGCAAGGUGGGAAGACAGUGGAAGUUAAAGGAGGAGAACAUUGCUAUUAUCAGGGAAAAAUUCGAGGAAAUCCUGUAUCAUUUGUUGCCUUGUCAACAUGCCAUGGAUUGCAUGGGAUGUUCUAUGAUGGAAAUCAUACUUACCUUAUUGAACCAGAUGAAAACUACACUUCAGAUGAUGACUUCCAUUUCCAUUCUGUUUACAAAUCCAAGUUGUUUGAAUUUCCUUCAGUUGACCUGCAAUCUGAGUUCUGGCAGAUGAAUACUACAUCACAGAAUUUUGUUGUAAGGCCAAGACACAAAAGAAGGAAAAGGCAGGUUCGUCAGAUUCCACGUAAAAUUGAAGAGGAAACAAAAUACAUUGAGUUGAUGAUUGUAAAUGACCAUCUAAUGUGUAAAAAGCACCGUUUGUCAGUUGGCCAUACCAACAGCUAUGCUAAAUCCGUUGUGAACAUGGCAGAUUUAAUAUAUAAAGAACAACUUAACACCAGGAUAGUAUUGGUUGCCAUGGAAACCUGGGCUACUGAUAACAAGUUCACCAUAUCUGAAAACCCCUUGGUGACUCUACGUGAGUUUAUGAAAUAUAGGAGGGAUUUUAUCAGAGAGAAAAGUGACGCAGUUCACCUUUUUUCGGGGAGUCGAUUUCAGAGCAGUCGAAGUGGUGUGGCCCACACUGGUGGAAUCUGCUCCUUGCUUAAAGGCGGAGGUGUGAAUGAGUUUGGAAAGCCAGACUUAAUGGCAGUUACCCUAGCACAGACCUUGGCCCAAAACAUUGGCAUUUUCUCAGACAGAAGAAAACUUCUAAGUGGUGAGUGUAAGUGUGAGGACCUGUGGUCUGGAUGCAUAAUGGGAGAUAUGGGGUACUAUCUUCCGAGCAAAUUCUCUGAGUGUGAUAUUGAAGAGUAUCAUGAAUUUUUAAACAAUGGAGGUGGAGCCUGUCUUUUCAAUAAACCAACCAAACUUCUGGAUCCUCCAGAAUGUGGCAAUGGCUUUGUGGAAGAUGGAGAGGAAUGUGACUGUGGGACAAUAGCGGAGUGUGCCAGCGAAGGAGGGGAGUGCUGCAAUACCUGCACCCUGACCGCGGGCUCCCAGUGCAGCAACGGGCUCUGCUGCCGCAAGUGCCGGUUUGAACCUAAAGGAGUUUUGUGUCGAGAAGCAGUGAAUGAUUGUGAUAUUGCAGAGAACUGCACAGGAAAUUCCAGCCAGUGUUCUCCUAAUAUCCAUAAAAUGGAUGGAUAUUCAUGUGAUAACAAACAGGGUAUUUGCUUUGGAGGAAGAUGCAAAACCAGGGACCGGCAAUGUAAAUAUAUCUGGGGUGAAAAAGUGACGGCUGCUGACAGGUACUGCUAUGAGAAGCUGAAUAUUGAGGGGACUGAGAAAGGCAACUGCGGAAGAGACAAGGACUCCUGGAUACAGUGCAAUAAGCAGGAUGUGCUUUGUGGAUACCUUCUGUGCUCCAAUAUAUCCAGCGUGCCCAGACUUGGAGAACUUGAUGGGGAAAUCACAACAUCAAUCUUGCACUAUGGAAAAGUCUACAAUUGCAGUGGCGGCCAUGUGAGGCUGGACGAGGACACGGACCUGGGCUAUGUGGAGAACGGGACGCCGUGCGGGCCGGACAUGGUGUGCCUGGACCACCGCUGCCUGCCUGCCGAGGCCUUCAACUUCAGCACCUGCCCCGGCACCAGCGACAGCCACGUCUGCUCCGGACACGGGGUUUGUAGCAAUGAAAUAAAGUGUGUCUGUGACCGAUUCUGGGGAGGAGAUGACUGCAGUUCUCACAUAAAAGAUGAUCUAUUUUUUGAUAAAGAUGCCAUCAAUAAAGAUAUGGUUAGCACAAAUAUAAUAAUAGGGGCUGUUGCUGGCACCAUUUUGGUGUUGGCUCUCGUUUUAGGAAUAACUGGCUGGGGUUACAAAAACUACAGAAGACAGAGACAAAUACCCCAGGGAGAUUAUGUAAAAAAGCCGGGAGAGGCCGACUCUUUUUAUAGCGACAUGCCUCCUGGAGUCAGCACAAACUCUGCAUCUAGUUCUAAGAAGAGGUCUGCUUUUCUGUCGCAUUUUCAGAUUUCUACCUGUUCCAUCACCCAUUAUUCCAUUAGUCAGAACAUUUCAUUGUUUUGCAGCAGGUCAAAUGGAUUAUCUCAUUCCUGGAGUGAAAGGAUCCCAGACACAAAACAUAUUUCAGACAUUUGUGAAAAUGGGAGGCCUAGGAGUAAUUCUUGGCAAGGUAAUAUAGGAGGAAACAGAAAGAAAGUCAGAGGCAAAAGAUUUAGGCCACGGUCUAAUUCAACUGAGUAUUUAAACCCAUGGUUCAAAAGAGAAUAUAAUGUAGCUAAGUGGGUAGAAGAUGUGAAUAAAAACACAGAAGGACCAUACUUUAGGACACUGUCUCCUGCAAAGUCUCCGUCUUCAUCCACUGGAUCUAUUGCUUCCAGCAGGAAAUACCCUUACCCGAUGCCACCACUUCCUGACGAAGAGAAAAAAGUCAACAGGCAAAGUGCCCGGCUAUGGGAGACAUCCAUCUAGCAGCACUGUUUUCCUGGGGUCACAUCAGAACUGUUUACUUUGGAUUUUAUAGAAACUCAGCAUCACUGAGUCACUGCACAUUCAUCUGUUCUUCAGACAAUUCAAAAGAUCAACAGAGACGCCCAUGAUGUCGCAGUGAUAACUUCCUCUCAUGUGGAAAGGAAAAAAAAAAGUCUUUUUUCUUUCUUUCUUUUUUGUUGACUUGUAUUUUAUGGAUUUGAUGAACAACGAAAAUCAUAACAUUUGACAGAGAAUAAUUAGCCCAGAUGUGACAAGGCUGUUCCACACGGUGACCUAGAAUCCCAACUGCAGUCCAUUUGCCAGUCCUGUGUAAAAGAGGUUUGUCUCUGGCUUCUUGCAGUCCUGAGUCAGACCAGAGUGAAACUGGGAAUGUGCCUCAUGGAGAGCCCAGUUGAUGUAAACUUGUAUGCUGUAUGCAUGAACCUUGUGUUCUUUACUUUCCACAUGUAAGGGAAAAACAACAUACUGUAGUAGAGAUUAGCAUGCAGGAGUAAGAAAUAUAGGAUUUUUUUUUUGUGACAGGAUUUCAAGCUUUGAAAGGCAACUAUUUGACACAAAUGGCAAACAAAUAAAGAUUAUAUCUUUUUUUUUACCUUACAUGUUUAUAAUCUCAGUAUACAGAUUGUAUAUAUGUAAA